AUGCCACCAGUCGCCAUCAGAAGAAUGCCACUUGUCAACACCACUAUCAUGCCACUGGUUGCCAACACUAGUAGGUCACCCGUUGCCAACACUAGUAGGCCACCCGUUUCCACCACUAGCAUGCCACAUGUCACCACCACUAGCAGGCCACCCAUUACCACCAUUAGUACUGGCAGGCCACCCGUCGCUAUCACUAGCAUGCUAGCCGUCGCCAUCAAUAGCAUGCAACCCGUCACCAUCACUAGCAUGCCACCCGUCGCCAUCACUAGCAUGCCACCAGUCGCCAUCACUAGAAUGCCACUUGUCACCACCACCAGCAUGCCACAUGUUGCCACCACUAGUAGGCCAACAGUUGCCAACACUAGUACUAGCAGGCCACCCGUUGCCACCACUAGCAUGCCACAUGUCACCACCACUAGCUGGCCACCCAUCACCACCACUAGUACUGACAGGCCACCCGUCAUCACCACUAGUACUGACAGGUCACCCGUCAUCACCACUAGUACUGAGAGGCCACCCGUCAUCACCAAUAGUACUUGGAGGCCAACCGUCGCCACCACUAGCAGGCCACCUAUCACCACCACUAGUACUGGCAGGCCAACCGUCGCCAUCACUAGGAUGCCAACCGUCGCCAUCACUUGCAUGCCACUCGUCACCAUCACUAGCAUUCCACCAGUCGCGAUCACUAGAAUGCCACUUGUUACCACCACUAGCAUGCCACUUGUUGCCAACACUAGAGGCCACCCGUUGCCAACACUAGUAGGCCGACCACUGCCACCACUAGUACUAGCAGGCUACCCGUUACCACCACUAGCAUGA